AGUAACCUAAAGCUCAUUCAGAUCUGUUAUUUCAGGAUGGGUAAACUUGUGGCUGUUGUGAGUCUUGCUCUACUUCUCUCGUGUGGAGGGGAGAGUUUUAAGAUGUCAGAGAAAGAUUAUGAAAAUGUUGAAAAAAUGUUGGAAUUCGGGGCCCAAGUGUUUUUGAACUGGUUGGACAAAGUCAGAGAUGUAACUGAAAGAAUGGUGAGAGAAAACCAGCUGAGAACAACCAGAAUUGCAAUCCAAGGUCACUGGAAUUCUUUCAAAGAGACAGCGAACAGAAUCAGUGUAGAGGAACGAGGUAAAGGAAUGCAGGAUGAUAUGAUUGUAGCAGCACGCACCAUCCGAAGACUACUUCUGUUCUACAAAGAUGACCUACAAAAGAUGAUCCAUUCUCUAGCAACAGAGAAGGGUGUUCAACAGUAUCUACCAGCUGUGAACAUGUUAGAAGGGGUCAUUCAAAAAGAACAAUGGAAUGAGGUCUGGGGAGCUGUGGAGUCACACUACUUUCCUGGAGCUCCAUCAGUCAGAAAUGAUCCCUUGGAGUUUCUCUGUUACCUUCUGUCCACCAGCACUGUGGAAACAUUCAUAGUGAACCUUCUUAAAACUGGAGCAGAAGUGAUUUCACAAAUUAGACAUAUUGAUUUUCAAAAACUACAAGAAAGCCUAAAGUCUGUUGUGGAUGCAGUCAGAGAGAAAGCCGCUGAAUUCGAGCCUGUGGAGAGACAGAAAGAGAAAGACGAAUUACUUGUAUCAGUAAGUGUUGCUGCUAGAGUGUGUGCUUAUUACUGGGAUAGAUUUCUUGAAUACACUGAAUCUCCUGAAUUUUCCCAGAAAGUCGAACAGGCAGAAGAUGAAUUAAAUAAUAGCAGGGUGUGGAAAACAAUGGAUGAAAUGCUAGAACUCAUCCGACCAGUAGUUGAAGCAGAUUUGAUCAGAGAGGCUACUUGGUUACAUUUGGAGUAUUUUACAGACAUCUAUAUAGCUGCCUUGGAAAUAGCCUUUCGAGCGGGUCGGUAUAUUGGUCAUGAGAGGGGACAGAAAACUGAAAGGGCCUUAAACAAUGUAGGUAUUCUUGUGUUUGCUCCCAUUUGUGUAAAGCUGGAUGAAAUGGAUGUGUUUCCUGUGAUUGAAACCCUGUACUACAGAGCUUCGAAUAUAUGCUUUGCUCUUAUAGGAGAGGAAGAGUUUGAGACUUUCAAAGGUGAAGUCAUGGAACGCUGGAAACCUUUCAGAGAAGAGGCUUAUAGAGUCAUACAGGAAGAGAGAGCAAAUACAACAGUGUUCCUGCUUCCACAAGUGAGGGCUUGUGCACGAUUGUUUUCAAACUACUCAAAACAACUAAUCAAUGAAAUUGUUGAUGACAGUGACAGAGAAGAACUUGCUAAGAACUUGGAACGAAUGAGAAAGAUGUGCACUGAAAAACUGCUGGCCAGUGGACUGAUUACUCAGGAGGAACUGAAAGAAUCUGAAAGAGUGUUUGUAGAAGCAUUUUUUGGGUUUUUGAAUUUCAUGGAUGAACAAGAGAUGCGUGACUCAUUAUGGACCUUGUAUAAAGCUUCUCUGGUGUUCCUUAAUUUGAUAUAUGCUCCUCUGCUUGACACCUGGAACUUCAUAUCUGUGUGAAAUCUCACUCUGAAAGGCCAGAGUGCUUUUGGACAGCAGUUGAUAGUUGAUCUCAACUGCACACUUUUGAAAUGUAUUGAAUAAAUAAUAAAA